CAUCGGACAGUGUGCGGACAUGUCUCAUCGCAAAUUCCAUGCGCCCCGACAUGGACACAUGGGGUUUCUGCCCCACAAACGAAGCAAGAAGCACAGGGGGAGGGUGCGCACAUGGCCCAAAGAUGACCCCAGUCAACCUGUCCACCUCACCGCCUUCCUGGGAUACAAGGCUGGCAUGACCCACACCCUCAGGGAGAUGCACCGCGUAGGCCUCAAGCAGUCAAAACGAGAGGAGGUAGAGGCUGUCACCAUCAUUGAAACACCCCCUGUCAUUGUAGUGGGAGUUGUGGGAUACAUUCAAACAGUCCGUGGGUUACGUUCCCUAAAAACCAUCUUUGCUGAGCAUCUCAGUGAUGAGUGCAAACGCAGAUUCUACAAAAACUGGUACAAGAGCAAGAAGAAGGCUUUCACCAAGUACAGUAAGAAGUGGCAGGAUGAGACAGGAAAGAAACAGCUGGACAAGGAUUUUGCUCAGAUGAAGAAAUUCUGUUCGGUCAUCAGGGUAAUUGUUCACUCCCAGAUGCGAUUGCUGCCCAUUAAGCAGAAGAAAGCCCACAUCAUGGAGGUGCAGCUAAAUGGGGGUAGUGUCUCAGACAAGGUGGACUGGGCAAAGGAACGCCUGGAGAAGGCUGUGCCCGUCUCUGCCGUCUUCUCCCAGGAUGAGAUGAUUGAUGUCAUUGGUGUCACCAGGGGUCGUGGCUUCAAAGGUGUGACGAGCCGCUGGCACACAAAGAAGCUCCCCAGAAAGACUCACAAGGGACUGAGGAAGGUGGCCUGUAUUGGAGCUUGGCAUCCGGCCCGUGUGGACUUCACUAUAGCACGAGCUGGUCAGAAAGGCUAUCACCACCGUACUGAGCUCAACAAGAAGAUCUAUCGUAUUGGUAGGGGUGUUCACAUCCAGGAUGGAAAGGUGGUCCGGAACAAUGCCUCCACCAGUUAUGACAUCAGCCAGAAGACCAUCACCCCCAUGGGAGGCUUCCCCCACUAUGGUGAAGUGAAUAAUGACUUCAUCAUGCUGAAAGGCUGCGUGGUUGGGACUACGAAACGCGUCCUCACCCUGAGAAAGUCAUUGCUCGUGCACACAUCUCGCAAGUCUAGGGAAGCCAUUGAGCUCAAGUUCAUUGACACCAGUUCCAAAUUUGGUCAUGGUCAUUUCCAGACUGUCCAGGAGAAGAGGGCAUUUAUGGGGCCAGUGAAGAAGGAUGCCCAGAAGACACUUUCAGAACCUCAGCAAGAGGCCUGAAAAUAUGUAUUAUAUUUAUCCACUAUAAUAAAGCUGACUUAUAAGUACACUGUGCUGUACAUUAGCUGUGGUGAUAUAUAAAUGCAGCAGAUGCAUGUUUGUGCUUUAACUGCAUCAUCUACCUAUUUGUUUGCAGUUUAAUUUCAACAGAUGAUGCAGAUGUUUUGAACAGGUUUUUAUUAUUCACGGAUAAAUCCAUGAGCGUAUUAACACUGCUCAGAAAU